CUCAGCUUACGAUGCAGUCCAGUGCUCCGAGUUCAACAACAUCCCAUGACCAGCUGCGAUUGUACGUAGGCAAGCCCUCAAGUAAGGACGAAAGGAUGGAUCUGUUGCGAUGCGACUUUGGCCGAAUCUGCGGCGAGUUGCUGGUGUUGGUUCAGGAUGUAUUCGUUCAUGUCUCUACCAUACGAAUUGCUUCAACACCUGCAUUGUCGCGACUUGAUGCGUCCAUUCUCUCUUCGCCGGUGGCAUAACUGAGGUAUAAGGUCUUCAAAUAAGUAGCUCAUACAAGGUGAGGUUGCUGCAAUUACUACACCAGGGUUUUGGUCAGAUACGAACUCUUAUUCAAGCCCGUUUUGGGAAAAAUGUCUCUGAUAUCGAGCUCUUCCACCAACACUCCCCUAUUGCAGUACAGGUAAAGAUGGGCUCUGGCUGUGCUUUAAGCGGUGCGCGGUGCGCUUCGCCAUGUCCGACUUCACCCGGCCAGAGCAAUGUUCUUCUCCGCGGCGUUGCGUUCUUUUCUCUUCCCUCAUCGCCAGCGAAUCUGAUCGUACCCAAUCUACCUCAUUUCGUCCACUUCAGCAUUCUAAAAGAUGUACUGGACAGCUGCAGCUGUCUUAACCCCACUUCUUGCUUUGUUGGCCUGUCUCUUGUCAAUCCCGCCCUUGAUUGUCCACUUCCAGGCUCGAAACUUCGCAGCCACGGUCCUUAUCCUCGGCGUUACAAUCCUCAACGUCCAGAACCUUGUGAAUGCGCUGAUUUGGGCGUCUGAAGACUUCAAUACUUGGUGGGAUGGGAAGAUCCUCUGUGACAUCGAAGUAAAGUUGUACAUUGGGAUCGCAAUCGCAGCAGAUGGGGCGGUUACGAGCAUUUUUCGACAAAUCGCUGGUAUUCUUGACACCAAACACAUGACAGUAACAGCGAGUCCGCAAUCGCGUCGAAGAAGACUCGUCAUUGAGGUCUUGUUGUGCAUCGUUUUCCCCACGCUUAUCAUGGCGGCUCACUAUUUGGUGCAAAACGAUAGAUACUGGAUCAGAACCUCCGCCGGGUGCACUCCUACAUUUAGUCCUUCUUGGCCAACGGUCUUCCUCAUUUUCCUGUGGCCAGUGGUUAUCUGCUUGGCUGGUAGCGUCUACUGCGUCCUCUCCGUCAUCCGGCUAUGGGUACAUAGAAAAGAGAUGUCUUCAGUCUUAUCCAACACACCAGGAGUUACAACAUCUCGAUUCCUCCGGCUUUUCGCACUCAGUUUCACGCUGCUACUCGGCUACUGCCCCGUGGCAAUCCUUACAUUCGAUCGCAAUAUCAGGGUACAACUGCAUCCAUAUUCGUGGUCUUACAUCCAUCCACCGGAUUGGUCCGAGAAGAUCAUCUUGGUCCCAGAUCCCGGGAGACUCAGUAUUGACCGAUGGGCGCAGAUCGCCACUGGCUAUGUAUUCUUUUUGUUUUUUGGACUGGGAGCAGAGGCAAGACAGAUGUACACACGAUGGAUACAGAAAGCGCGGGACUUGAGGCCACGAGGGUGCAUACUGCGACGCAAAGCCUAGCAGCGGCAACCGGAGUGCUUGUCCGCUAAGCAGUACAAACCGUGACCAUUAGGCAGUGCUCUGUGUACUACGGCGUCUGCUGAUCGAUGCCAUUGGGAAUUUCAGUUUGGAGGAUUCGUGUGGUACAUUGUGAACGGAUGGAGAUUUCCCAACCUUCGUCCCCUAGACGGCUUCCAAGAGCCUCCGACUGCAGUGUCAUGAGCGGCGAUAUACAGGGUCAAAACAACAUCCCCAGUCAAACUCAGUACUCCCAUCUCAUCACCUCAUCGCGAGCUCCAGAUUGUGAUUGUACAUAUGAAUCCACUCCAGUAUCACCAUACAGUUGUCGGAAUUUAAUCCUACCCACCCUCACCUUGAAAAACUCAAGCUCCAGAUCCCAGAUCUAAUGUGAGCCAUC